CGUCCGUCAUGAACCCUAAAUUGUAAACAAACUUGAAUUGAUUCUAAUCAGAAAGAGGUUCGCUAUGACGUUUCGAUCUGUGUUCGAUGCUGCCUUCAUUAGAACUGAAUUCGAUCAAGCUGGAAUCAAUACUCAGUUCAUCCCUUCAAUUUGGAAAUAUGUCGUACAGAAUCCUAAUUGUGAAUGGCGAGAGAUUCCUUCAUUGCCUUCCGCAGCUUACUCGUUACUUUCUUCCAAGUUCAAACCCUGCACUUCUGUCGUCGACUCCGUUCUCGACUCCAUUGAUCAAGUCACCACCAAGCUCCUCAUUAAGUUGCAGAAUGGAGCAUCGGUAGAAGCUGUGAUUAUGAGAUACGAUACUCGUUUAGGGAAAUAUGGAGGCAAGCCUCGUCCCGGUGGUCCGAGAUCUACCUUAUGCAUAUCCUCACAGGUUGGAUGCAAAAUGGGCUGCACAUUCUGUGCAACUGGAAGUAUGGGAUUCAAGAGCAACCUCUCAACAGGAGAGAUUGUAGAACAAUUAGUACAUGCUUCUCGAUUAUCACCCAUUCGCAAUGUUGUUUUCAUGGGAAUGGGAGAGCCAUUAAACAACUACAAUGCUUUGGUUGAAGCUAUUCGAGUAAUGACAGCAUUCCCUUUUCAGCUCUCACCCAAGAAAAUUACUGUCUCAACGGUUGGAAUAAUUCAUGCAAUAAACAAGCUUCAUGGUGACUUACAAAAUAUAAACCUAGCAGUGUCUCUUCAUGCACCAGUUCAAGAUAUUAGGUGUCAGAUAAUGCCUGCAGCUCGGGCUUUUCCUUUAGAGAAACUAAUGAAUUCUCUAGCAGAAUAUCAAAAGAAAAGUCAGCAAAAGAUUUUCAUUGAAUACAUAAUGCUGGAUGGUGUGAAUGAUGAGGAGCAGCAUGCCCACCAGCUUGGUAGAUUGCUUGACACAUUUGAAGUGGUGAUAAAUUUGAUACCUUUUAAUCCAAUUGGGACACUUAGUAAAUUUGGGACUAGUGGAGAUGAAAAAGUGACAAAGUUUCAAACAAUUUUAAGGAGUAGUUAUAAUAUACGAACUACUGUUAGAAAGCAAAUGGGACAAGAUAUAAGUGGUGCAUGUGGACAGCUUGUCAUUAAUUUGCCCAACAAGAAAUCUCCUACAUUAACCGACAUUGAAGAUCUUCAUCUUUAACUACAUAAACUGCCACGUGUCAAGUGUUGGUUUUGUAGUUAGUUCAAUUCGGUUGUUGGUUAGUAUAGACAUGUAUAAGUAUAUAAAUUUUGUCAUGUAUUAUUAUUCCAUCACC